ACAUCCUACAGUGACAGUGUCCGGUGCCACAGCUACAUCUUCUAAUUCUACAGUCAAAGGACCUGACUCUACAGCAUCAUCUCCCAGUACAACUGCCACACUGUCUGGUACAGUCACAACAUCCCUCCCUACAAUGACACAGUCCAGUGCCACAGCUACACCAUCUAAUUCUGUUGUUACAUCAAUCAAAAGUACAACAGUAGGAGCUGGCUCUGCAGCAUCAUCUCCCAGUAUACCUGUCACACUAACUGGUACAGUAACACCAUUCCAUUCUACGGUGACACCGUCCAGUGCCACAGCUACAUCCCCUAAUUCUGUGGUUACAUCAAUCAAUAGUACAAUCAUAGGAGCUGUAUCUACAGCAUCAUCUCCCAGUACAACUACCACAGUCACACCAUCCCAUCCUACAGUGACAGUAUCCGGUACCACAGUGACAUCCUCUAAUUCUACAGUCCCAGGACCUCUCUCACCCUCUGGUGCAGUCACAACAUCACAUCUUACAGUGACACCAUCCAGUGCCACAGCUACAUCCUCCAAUUCUGUGGUUACAUCAGUCAAAAGUACAGUCCCAGUACCUAGAUCUACAGCAUUAUCUCCCAGUACACCUGUCACAGUCACAACAUCCUAUCCCAUAUUGACAGUGUCCAGAACCACACCUAUUUCCUCUAAUUCUACAGUUUUUGGACCUGACUCUACAGCAUCAUUUCCCAGUACAGCUGCCUCACUCUCUGGGACAGUCACACCAUCACAUCCUACGGUGACACCGUCCAGUGCCACAGCUACAUCCUCCAAUUCUGUGGUUACAUCAGUCAAUAGUACAGUCAUAGGACCUGUUACUACAGCAUCAUCUCCCAGUACACCUGUCACAGUCCCACCAUCUUAUCCUACAGUGACAGUGUCCGGUGCCACAGCUACAUCUUCUAAUUCUACAGUCAAAGGACCUGACUCUACAGCAUCAACUGCCUCACUGUCUGGUACAGUCACAACAUCCUUCCCUACAAUGACACAGUCCAGUGCCACAGCUACAGCAUCUAAUUCUGUUGUUACAUCAGACAAAAGUUCUGUUGUAGGAGCUGGCUCCACAAAAUCAUCUUCUAGUACAACUGCCACACUUUCUGGUACAGUCACACCAUCCCAUCCUACAGUGACACCAUCCAGUGCCACGGCUACAUCCUCCAAUUCUGUGGUUACAUCAAUCAAUAGUACAAUUAUAGGAGCUGUCUCUACAGCAUCAUCUCCCAGUAGAACUGCCACAGUCACAACAUCACAUCCUACAGUGACAGUGUCCGGUGCCACAGCUACAUCUUCUAAUUCUACAGUCAAAGGACCUGACUCUACAGCAUCAUCUCCCAGUACAACUGCCACACUGUCUGGUACAGUCACAACAUCCCUCCCUACAAUGACACAGUCCAGUGCCACAGCUACACCAUCUAAUUCUGUUGUUACAUCAAUCAAAAGUACAACAGUAGGAGCUGGCUCUGCAACAUCAUCUCCCAGUAUACCUGUCACACUAACUGGUACAGUAACACCAUUCCAUUCUACGGUGACACCGUCCAGUGCCACAGCUACAUCCCCUAAUUCUGUGGUUACAUCAAUCAAUAGUACAAUCAUAGGAGCUGUAUCUACAGCAUCAUCUCCCAGUACAACUACCACAGUCACACCAUCCCAUCCUACAGUGACAGUAUCCGGUACCACAGUGACAUCCUCUAAUUCUACAGUCCCAGGACCUCUCUCACUCUCUGGUGCAGUCACAACAUCACAUCUUACAGUGACACCAUCCAGUGCCACAGCUACAUCCUCCAAUUCUGUGGUUACAUCAGUCAAAAUUACAGUCCCAGUACCUAGCUCUACAGCAUUAUCUCCCAGUACACCUGUCACAGUCACAACAUCCUAUCCCAUAGUGACAGUGUCCGGAACCACACCUAUUUCCUCUAAUUCUACAGUUUUUGGACCUGACUCUACAGCAUCAUUUCCCAGUACAGCUGCCUCACUCUCUGGUACAGUCACACCAUCACAUCCUACGGUGACACCGUCCAGUGCCACAGCUACAUCCUCCAAUUCUGUGGUUACAUCAGUCAAUAGUACAGUCAUAGGACCUGUUACUACAGCAUCAUCUCCCAGUACACCUGUCACAGUCCCACCAUCUUAUCCUACAGUGACAGUGUCCGGUGCCACAGCUACAUCUUCUAAUUCUACAGUCAAAGGACCUGACUCUACAGCAUCAUCUCCCAGUACAACUGCCACACUGUCUGGUACAGUCACAACAUCCUUCCCUACAAUGACACAGUCCAGUGCCACAGCUACACCAUCUAAUUCUGUUGUUACAUCAAACAAAAGUUCUGUUGUAGGAGCUGGCUCUGCAACAUCAUCUUCUAGUACAACUGCCACACUUUCUGGUACAGUCACACCAUCCCAUCCUACAGUGACACCAUCCAGUGCCACAGCUACAUCCUCCAAUUCUGUGGUUACAUCAAUCAAUAGUACAAUUAUAGGAGCUGUCUCUACAGCAUCAUCUCCCAGUACAACUGCCACAGUCACAACAUCACAUCCUACAGUGACAGUGUCCGGUGCCACAGCUACAUCUUCUAAUUCUACAGUCAAAGGACCUGACUCUACAGCAUCAUCUCCCAGUACAACUGCCUCACUGUCUGGUACAGUCACAACAUCCUUCCCUACAAUGACACAGUCCAGUGCCACAGCUACAGCAUCUAAUUCUGUUGUUACAUCAGACAAAAGUUCUGUUGUAGGAGCUGGCUCCACAACAUCAUCUUCUAGUACAACUGCCACACUUUCUGGUACAGUCACACCAUCCCAUCCUACAGUGACACCAUCCAGUGCCACAGCUACAUCCUCCAAUUCUGUGGUUACAUCAAUCAAUAGUACAAUUAUAGGAGCUGUUUCUACAGCAUCAUCUCCCGGUACAACUGCCACAGUCACAACAUCACAUCCUACAGUGACAGUGUCCGGUGCCACAGCUACAUCUUCUAAUUCUACAGUCAAAGGACCUGACUCUACAGCAUCAUCUCCCAGUACAACUGCCACACUGUCUGGUACAGUCACAACAUCCUUCCCUACAAUGACACAGUCCAGUGCCACAGCUACACCAUCUAAUUCUGUUGUUACAUCAAUCAAAAGUACAACAGUAGGAGCUGGCUCUGCAGCAUCAUCUCCCAGUACACCUGUCACAGUCACACCAUCUUAUCCUACAGUGACAGUGUCCGGUACCACAGCUACAUCCUCUAAUUCUACAGUCGUAGCACCUGACUCUUUAGCUUCAUCUCCCAGUACAGCUGCCUCACUCUCUGGUGCAGUUACACCAUCACAUCCUAUGGUGACACUGUCCAAUGCCACAGCUACAUCCUCUAUUUCUGUGGUUACAUCAGUUAAUAGCACAAUUGUAGGAGCUGGUUCUGUGGCAUCUUCUUCCAGUACAACUGCCACACUGUCUUAUUUUACAUUGACACCGUCCAGUGCCACAGCUACAUCCUCCAAUUCUGUAGUCACAUCAGUCAAAAGUACAGUUGCAGGACCUAGCUCCACAGCAUCAUCUCUCAGUACACCUGUCACAGUCACACCAUCUUAUUCUACAGUGACACCAUCCAGUGCGACAGCUACACCCUCCAAUUCUGUGGUUACAUCAGUUAAAAGCACAAUCGUAGGAUCUGGCUCUGUAGAAUCUUCUUCCAGUACAACUGUCACACUAACUGGUACAGUCACAACAUCCCAUCUUACAGUGACACCAACCAGUGCCACAGCUACAUCCUCCAAUUCUGUAGGUACAUCAAUCAAUACAGCUACACCGUCCAAUUCUGUAGUUACAUUAGUCAAAAGUACGGUCGCAGGACCUGGCUCUUUAGCAGCAUCUCCCAGUACAACUGUCACAGUCACGCCAUCCCAUCCUACGGCGACACCGUCCAGUGCCACAGCUACAUCCUCCAAUCCCGUGGUUACAUCAGUCAAUAAUACAGUCGUAGGACCUGGCUCUACAGCAUCAUCUCCAGGUACAACUGUCAAAUUGUCUAGUACAGUUCCAACACCCCAUUCUGUGGUGACAACUUUGAAUCUUACAGCUACAACGCCUAAUUCUUUGGUUAAACCAAUCAAUAGUACAGUCGUACAACCUGAUUCUACGGUAUCAUCUCCCAGUACAACAGUCACUCUGUCCAGUACAGUUGCACCAGUCAGUACUAUAGUCACAACGCCCCAUUCUGUAGUGGCAACUUUGAAUACCACAGCGACAUUUUCCAAUUCAUUGGUCUCAACAGUCAAUAGUACAGUGUCUUCUCCUAGUACAACUGUCACAUUGUCCAGUACAGUUCCAUCAGUCAGUGGUACAGUCACACCUUUCAGUACUACAGCAACAGCAGCUACAAUACCACCUAGCACAACAGGCUUACAACAGAGCUCUACACAAAAUGCCACAGCACAGGCAAAUGUAACACAAACAAACAUAACCAUUUCUACAAUGUUACGUCUCAGCACUGGUCUCUCAGAAAACACGACACCUUUCGACACAGCACAAAUUACAAAUGACAACAUGACUGAUAAUUUACUAAAUGUUUCACACUCGAAUUCAACAGUCCGUGAACUAAAUACAACACUGUUAAAUACAACUGCACUGCCUGUGAACACAGCACAAUACAAUACGACAAAACGUAUGAAUGCAACAAGUUUUAGCACUGCUGAACCCCUCUGGAACACAUCACAGACUGAAACGACUACAAAUGCAAAAGUGACAGAGAAUGCAACAAAUCCAUCCAACAUUGCAAGCUCAUCAAUCUACAUAACAGACCAUAAAAAUGCAACAACGUCAGCAAGCACAACAUAUAAACAACCUUAUACAACAGCAUCAUUUCAUACUUUAACAGAUUCAGUCGAAACACAGAGAACAACAGAUGCAACAGCAUCAGAAAAUACAACAUCAUUUCAUAACAUCACAGCUUCAACCGCUACUGCGGACAUUACAGAUGCAGCAAUUUCAAUGAAUGUAACAAGUCCAAACACUGCAAGCCUAACUACCACACAUCCAAAUGCCACAACUUCACCACUGUACACAACAUCGUUUCCUAAUGACACAGUACCAAACACCACUGCAAACUUUACAAAUAGUCCAAAUACUGCUCGCCCAAGUACCGCACACCCAAAUAUCACAACGGCACCCUUUUACACAUCAUCAUUUAAUAAUUCGACAGUAUCAAACACCACUGUAAACUUUACAAAUGCAGUUACAUCAAUGAAUGUAACAAGUCUAAACACUUCACAGUUAAAUACCACAACGGUGCCCCUAUAUACAAUGUCAAAUUAUAAUGUGACUGUGUCAAACACUACUGUAAACUUUACAGAUUCUAUAACAACAAUGAAUAUCCAAAGUCUAAACACCACACAGCUAAAUACCACAGCUUCACCCCUAAACAUUACAAGUGCUGUGACAACAAUGUAUCCAAACACAACUUCGCUUCUUUACACAUCAUUCAAUAACACGACAGAAUCAAACAUCACUCUAAACUUUACAGAAGAAUCAGUCAACACAACAAGUUCACAGCCUUACACAUUAAACACCACCAGCUCACCAUUUAACACCACAGAGCAGCAAAAUACAACAGAAUUUGUGAAUACAACACAUCUGAACACCUUAACUUCACCACUUUACACAACUGCACCAAACACCACACUGCAUAUUACAAAUGAAACAAUAUCAGUGAAUACACCACCCCCAAACACCACAAGCACUUUCACCACACUUUACGCAACUUCGCAAAACAACAAUACAGACACAAAUAUUGAUGUUUAUGAAAAAAAUACCACAGAAUUAGUGAAUGCAACACAGCCGAACACUGAAAGCCCACCCCCUUACACAACAAGCACUGCAUGGUUUAACACAUCAGCAUUGACGCCUGAUGUCACGACUUCAAAUACAACUGAUUUAAUAUCAGAAACAGCACCUCAGUUAAAUGCAACAGAGUUUAAUACCACUAUAAUUCCUUUAAAUUCAACCAUAUUCAAUACCACAGACCCCCAAAAUACAACACAAUACAAUGAAACAGUGAAAGAUGGCACCACAGAAUUUAAUAACACAACUCCAGCCCCUAUCACAGCAUGGAUAAACACCACCUUAGUAAAUUUCACCACAGAGGCCAAUCUAGAGCAAAACGUCACAACAAGUGACCCUAACGCAACAGAAACUGGUACCACAGACAUGAUAUACAAUACCACACUCGAUACACCUUCAAUAUACAACAGUACAGCAGACUUUCAAGACACUGGAUACACAACCAUGGAACCUGAAACUUUUCCCAUAAAUAACAUGACAUCCACCCAAAGCACCACAGACACAACCUCUACUACAACCCCCAUCCCUGCCACCACCUAUAAAGUUCAGACCAACCAUAAUGCUACUGAGACUACAGCACCAACAAUCCCAGUAACACAAACAGCAGCCACCACUACUACCACCACCACCACAACUGCAACAAUGCCACCACCAACAGCACCACCGCCAACAACUACAACAACACCACCAACAACUACAACAACACCACCAACAACUACAACACCAUUUACAACAACAGAUGCUCCAGAUGUUGUGGCCAAUGAGCUUCUGAACCAGAACAUCUCCACCAUUAACUCCUCUGAGGUGCAAAAGAUGGUUGAAAAGCUGGAGAACAUUGUGUCUACACCCAACAUCAGUCUGGACCUGGGGCAGAAAGUGCUGUCAGUUAUCGACCACCUGCUCGACAGUUCCACUGAUGCCAUGGCCCCCUCCUCCUCCAACCGUUUGAUCAAGGCAGUGGACACUCUGGGGCUGAAGCUGUUCAUUCGGGACAAAACUGAGAGUAUAGUCAUGGGGUCACUUGCUCUGAUGGUGACAAAGAUCGAUGGAAACAACUUCAUGGGAACAUCAUUCUCAAUCACGGAUUCAAUGUCCUUAGAGGUUAAAGGAAGAAGAAGGAGGUCUGUGAGUUCCUCUCAGCUGGGUUCCAUCACACUCCCUUCCUCUCUGACAGAAGGUCUUUCCCCAGAAGAGCGUCUGCAGGCAUCAAGGAUUCAGUUCACUUUCUACAACAAGAGCACACUGUUCCAGGAGAAAAAUAACCCUCUGACCCUGGACUCUCUGAUUCUGGGGACGAGUGUAGCCAACCUGUCUAUUAAGGGGCUGAGCGAGAAUGUGGAGUUCACUAUGAAGAAUAAACAGUCUGAAGCAGGAAACCGGACCUGUGUUUUCUGGGAUUUUGAAAAAAAUGAAGGAGCAGGAGGUUGGAGUGAUGUUGGAUGUGCUGUCAUGAACACCAGCACAGAGAAUGAAACUGUGUGUAGCUGCAACCACCUGACUAGCUUUGCUGUGCUAAUGGACAUUUCAAGAGGUGGGAUCACUGAUCGGUUGCAGGCCACCAUUCUCACCUUCAUCACAUAUAUUGGCUGUGGUAUCUCCGCCAUUUUCCUCGCUAUCAGUCUACUCUCCUACCUGGCCUUUGAGAAAAUCCGGAGAGACAUUCCUUCCAAGAUCCUGAUCAAUCUGUGCUUUGCACUCCUGCUGCUUAACAUGGUCUUUCUGCUGGACUCAUGGCUGGCCCUGUACCCUGAUGCUGUAGGUCUCUGCAUCUCCACAGCCUUCUUCCUGCACUACUUCCUGCUUGCUUCCUUCACAUGGAUGGGCCUGGAGGCCCUGCACCUUUAUCUAGCCAUCGUCAAAGUCUUCAACAGCAUGUCUCGAUACAUGCUCAAAUUCGCUAUGGCAGGAUGGGGUGUACCAUUAGUGGUUGUCAUCAUUGUGAUUGCUGUUGACAAAAACAACUAUGGUAUCGUCCAGUAUGGAAAAUAUACAGAUGGGACCACGGAUGAUUUCUGCUGGCUGAGCAACAACAUUGCCUUCUACGUGGCGGUGGUUGCGUACUUCUGUGUGAUCUUUGUAUUCAACCUGAUCAUGUUUGUGGUGGUCAUGGUCCAGCUGAGGCGUAUCAAACGUCAGAACCCCCACAAUAACCAGUACCGCAGUGGGAUACAGGACCUGCGCAGCAUUGCUGGCCUCACCAUCCUGCUUGGACUUACUUGGGGCUUUGCUUUUUUUGCCUGGGGACCCGUCAACCUGGCCUUCAUGUACCUCUUCACCAUCUUCAACUCUCUACAGGGCCUUUUCAUCUUUAUAUUCCACUGUGCAUUAAAAGAGACCGUCCGCAGACAGUGGAGAACCUACCUCUGCUGUGGCAAAUACAGACUGGCAGAAAAUUCAGACUGGAGCCGGACAGCCACUCAGAACACAAAGAAGACUUCACUGGCCACUGCACACAUGUCCCGCCAGUCUCCUAUUCAGAGUACUUCUAGAAGCUCCUCAAUGAGCACCAACAGCAUUCCACACUCCAACAUCAUCAACACUUCCGCUGAAGACAUUGUGUCCACAUCCAUGGAGGACUCCAGUGGUGACGUGGUUCUCAAUGAAAUCAACAGCCAUCACAGACUACUACAUAGAACUGACUAACGUAUAGCCGGAGUCUACUGGACCAAUUAUGGUGAUCCAAUCACCAGACACUGAAUAUGGUCAGUUUACUGAAAGAGAGUCUUUAAGACAACAGCAGAAAUUAGAAACGCUGUUCAAGACUUUGCCUACAAAUAUGGUUAUUAAUGACCAUGGAAAUGAGAACAAUGAGUAAUGAACAACAAAGAGGAGAUUAAAGGUAAAGAUGAACAAGACCAGUAGGCGUGGUUACAGAUUAGAGGGAGAUGGGAACACUGUAGACCAGACAUGGGGGUUCAAUGAGGGUCCAAUGAGACUAAGGCUAUGUUCACAUUACAAGCCACGUUGCUUUUUAAAUGUAAGAGGUCUGUAUUUGUGUGUAAUGUGAACGAAUUUGUCCCUGAAACGCCUCACAUGCUCACAUGAUACGUGUAUAAACAUCACUUUCUUAUAUUUGAGAGACGACUCGUAGCUUUAUAAAGGGAAAUGGAGGCGUUAGCAGCUCAGAUGUGGAGCAUCUUCUGCUGGAGUGGAAAGUUAACAGCUGGUCUGAAGUAAAUGCUCAGGUCGAGGAGGAGAAAAAAGGCCAGAUGGUUUGCUUUUGCUGUUUUUUUGCAGCUAUAUCUGCACAGCUGCACCAAGAGAUGUGUGGGUACGUGAGAGAAGCACAUAAAUUAAACGUAUGCAUAAAAGUAAAAAGAUGCAUGAAUUCAGAUUUUACCGUUUACAUUCAUGUCACAUAUCCAGGGAUCAGAUAUGUAUCCGAUUUAGGACUACAUAUGAAAGUGACUCAAAUCUGAUUUUUUUUAACAUUUCCAUGUUCACACAGUCAUGAAAAAAUCAGAUCUGAUUCACAUUGAGCAAAAAAUCAGAUUUGAGUCACUUCAGCUUGGUAAUGUGAACGUAGUCUAAGAUAAACACAAACGCUCAAAUGGGGAACAAAAAAACAAAACAAAAACUGACAAGGACAGGAAACCCCUUCCCUAAAAUGCAACUCUUAUGGCUCAAAAUGGAACACACCCAAAGGGCAGGCUCAGGGGAGGGGUCUCUGGAGCUGGCAGGUCAGGGGGCUGGGUGGCCGACACUAGAAUGUAACAGGCAGGGCAGAAAUACUCAAUUCAUGUGAAGAACCUUGAAGGAUAUGAAGUUACUACUAAUUUUCAGAUAACAGUAUUAAACACUGCCUGCCUCUUUCAAGCUAAUAAUGUUUAAGUGGCAUUAGACUUUAUGUUUUGGUUGAUUCACAUUUUAUAUAAUCUGAAAGUUCUACUGAAUUUCCAUGUUUAAGUUUUCUCAUUGAGAAAUGUGCCUUUAUAUUAUACAUUUAUAAUAAAAUGUUGUUAUAUUUGACUGACUUU